UAGCGAUGGCCUCCAACCUACUAGCGAUGGCCUCCAACCUACUAGCGAUGGCCUCGAACCCAAUAACAAUGGAACACCGUGCACAUUGCAUCUCCCUGCUUCCAGGGGAUUCAAUCAAGUCGGUAUAUCUCACCAGAAUCACAUCGAUGCAGCUCGUGGGAAAUCGUGCUUCACCCUUGCCAUCAAUCUGCAUCAUCUUCGGACAUUUGCCACACCUUGCCAGAGUAAUAUUCAUACACCUCGUUGGCAAGUGUGCUCCACAUCUACCAACAAUGUGCAUCAUUUUCAGACAAGCACGAUAGCGACGCUGCAAACAGAAAUCGCAACCUCUUGAAAGAACCGAACCGUUUACCAAGAUGAGCCCAUGCACGCGAAAUUCCCGUGUGCACGAUCUCACCACGGCCUGGACUUUAAUGCUCUCGGUUCAAAGAUUAAAGAUCGCGAUGCUCGUCCAGCAAAGAGAAAUAGUCGUAACACCUGCCGAUGGCAUAAAAGCAGCUGCAAGCAGACCUCGAGUGAUCCGUGGCGUGGGGCAUUCUCUUCAAUCCUUAGGUGAAGUGGUUUGAAGCGAACAAGGUGCACUUUGUCCAAUUGAACGAAGGACAGUGUGCAGAAUAGUUCAUUCGGAUGCGCGUGCAUUUGUGCCAUUCGACCAUCAGACUCCAGCAAAUGGCAAAUGUGAGUCUCUGCCGCGUUAUGGCUUUGGUAAGCUUGGCUGCGUGGCGCCAAAGUUGCGCCAAGACUGCGUGGCCUUCGGAACCUUCCUGACUCUUUCGAUUUAGCAUUUCUCUCGGUAUUUUGAGCCAUGAAUGCAGCGUCGAGCGGCCAGCGUUUAUCGCCGGUUUCUCCCAAACUGCCACUACCCGGAGAAAGUCUGCCUCGCAGCCCAGAGCAUGGUCGUCGACGUUCUUUGUCCAUUUCCAUGCAUGCGGAUGCCCCCGUACUUCGAAGCCCUGAGGGCUGGACAUAUCCGCUGCAGCGCUGGUUGGCGUUCCUGCUCUAUUUUAUGCUGAGUGCCAACGACGGUUUCGUGAAGGCCAAAUCAAAGCGGAGUGGCGCUGACGGGCAUCACUACUUUCCGUAUUCUUUGUCCUCUGUGAUGCUCGUGUCAUGUGCUAUCUCACUCAUGGCCGGUGUGGCCACCACUUUGCUCCAUCACGGCCUUGAAAGCGGCUUGCAGAAAUGUUUUUACCUCCCAUCCAUCAAGGCAGUGGCGCCCAUCAAUGCGCUUUUUCAGGUGGCCUUUGUGUUGAAGUUCGAAGCGCUGAGGCUACUAGAGCCUGAUGUUGUGUCACUCCUCUCUCAAGGAAACUUGGUGCUUUUGGCACUUGCAUCCAGGAUCUUUAUGGGAAGGCUCUAUCCACCUUCGCAAUGGAUCUCUUUGGUGCAGAUGACGCUUUUAAUGUUCCUGUAUUUGGUGCUCAGAGGUGAAAAGAAGAGACACUUGGAGGAGGAAGAAGAGCAUCUGCAGCCACCCCCUGAUCGAUAUAUCCAAGGUUAUUGCAUUGUAUUGAUUAUGAGCAUCAUUGAAACAUGCGCGACAAUCUGGGCUGAGACGUUUCUGAAGCAGAGAGGUAAGAAAGAAGAACAACCCACGUUGGAAUUCUGGGUUCAAAAAGUUCAUGUCGACUUGUCCGGCUUGAUUCUCACGUUCAUCUGGGUGAUUAUGCCCUAUGUGUCCGGCCAACUCUCAGACUCCGAAUGGAUUUCUGCGGUUUUGACCAGCUUGAAUUCUCAACAGAUUCUUGAGGAAGGCCUGUUUUCCGGGUGGGACCGCUGGACGGUGGCGGUUGUCUUCAUGGUGGUUUCCAAGGCGUGGCUCGCUGGACUCGUGGCGAAACUCUUGGAUUCUGUUGUGAAACAAAUUGGUUCCUGCCUGGCUAUCGGCUUGACCUAUGUGGAAGUGGUUAUUUGGAGUGGUCACGAUUUUAAUGCUCCCACCAUUGUGAGCCUGGCUUUGCUGUUGCUGGCGAUGCUAAAUUUUGUCGUAGCCGGAGCCGGCUACCCGCAGAGAGCCGGCUACCCGCCGAGCGACGUGCCAAAGAAGACCUCGAGUGCUAGUGUCGGACAGUCUAACAACGUAGCGGCAACAGCCAUGGCGCACUCUCCGCGGCCACGCUGUGAGUCUCCAUGCUCCUCAGCGGAGCACUCUCCACGACGUUACGAGGGUCAGGAAUGGGUGUCGAACUACAGAGGCCUCGGUGUCAGGGGUGUGGCAAAGCCUGGUUCCACGGAAACAGCGAAUCCAGGGAAGAGAACAGCAGAAGAGGACGACCGGUACAAAGACUAUUUUACGCAUGAGAUCGCUGUCGAAAGGACAUUUACAGAGCCCGAUGAACAUUCUUUACAGGGUCACAUGGGCACAGAUGUCCGAAGGACAUCUUCAGAGCCCGAUUCUUCGCAUGAGGACUUUUUCUCGCAGGAAAGGUCGCUUCUUGUGCCAACUGAGUUUGACUCAAUUUCGGAAUUUGCCUAGAACCUUCUAGCCAGCGACCUCGAAGCUCGGGUUCUAAUUAAAUUCUAAUUACAGUAAAUUUGAAGUUAACAUUUAAUGAGCCCCUAGUAGCGUCCUUGCUCCUAGUAGCGAUGCCCUUUGCUUCUAGUAGCGUCCUUGCUCCUAGAGGUCCUUCUAGCCAGCGACCUCGAAGCUCGGGU